AUAAGGAACUGCAUCUACAUCUUUAAAUGAUACUUAAUUUGAAAUAUAAGUUUCUUACUAAAAUAUGGAUAAAGAUGUUAAAACUGCUCUUUAAAAAAAUAAUGAAGUUGUCAAAAAAGUAUUAGAUAUUUAUAAAAAAGAUGAAGAAUUAAGUGUUUCUUCUAGUGGCUUUACUAUUGAUUCUUCUAGUUAUAUUGAUUAAAUCAAUGAAUAAACUUAAUAAAAUGAAAGAGUUUUUGAAGGAUAUAAAGUUAAAAAUUCGAUUUUAAUAAAAUCUUCUAAUUCAUAAAAAGCUGGAAAAGUGAUUGAUGAUGCUAUUAAAAAUGAAUUUAAUGCCGUUGAUUUUGUUAGAUUUUCUCCUGAUGAUAAAUAAAUAGAAUCUGCUAGAGAAAAACUACUAAGCGAAGCAGUUAAUGAUGCCAAAAAAAAAGUAAAUUUACUUUUAGAAAAUCUAAAAUAAAAAGUUAUUGGUGUAAAAAAAGUUUAUGAUAUUUAUGAAAAGAUAAAUAACCCUAAAGACUCUGAUGAUAGUCCUAUAUAAUUUUAUGGU